UUUCCCUUACAAAAAAACAUCUUCAUUUCACCUUCAAGUGAAACAAAAAGAGAUUUCUCUCUUCCUCUCACGUCUCUUACUCUCUUUAAAAUCAAAUAUCAUACUCUCCUCUUAAGCAAACAACAAAGGCGAAGGCGUGGAGGGUCUAAGGUGAAAGGGGCAUUUUUCAUAUAAUAUGCUGGAUUUCAUGUGCCCCUUGGUCUUGUUCACAGGUCUUAGGAACUUGAAAGAAGCUAUGGCUAAGGCAGUUCAGAACUCUUCUGCAAUGACCACCUCUUCACAAACAUGGCUUCUCAUGUUUUCCCUCGUUUUCAUCACCUUCCAUUUGAACUGGGUCUCAUCCUUAGCAACUCUACCCCCUUAUUACUACGACCAAUGUUCAUCAACCGUCCCUUCAUCAACCCCAGACAAGGGUCCCCCCACAAGCUUUCCUCUUCCGCGAUCCCAUGAAGGUUACUAUGUCGGCGGCGAGCCAGUUCUGGAACCAAACCCCUUUGCGUACUCGUCGACUUUCCUAAACACCAUCUUACUUAGCACCUUGUCUGUCUAUGGCACUGAUGUUCCAGGCUUGUUCAAGCUUGAAGGGCGUCUAACAUUUCCAAACGGGAAUAAGUACAACGAGAUGCAAGAUUACUCGUAUGGCCGACAGUCGUACUAUUCUACUGUCAUGUAUGCUACGCCGCAAAGAAGUUCGGUAAGUUUUAAGCUGGAGGGGUUCUGGUCAGAAUCAAAGGGAAAACUUUGUAUGGUUGGAUCAGGUUCUGCUUACACUAAAGAAGGUACUUUGCUUAAUCUUGCUGUUGUUCUUAAACUCCAUAAUCUCACAAAUUCAAAUAGUAUUACUAGUUUGAUUACUGGAACUAUAGAGAGCUUGAGGACUUCUAACGAUGAUCCAAACUACUUUAAGCCAAUUUCUGUAAUUAUGCUUCCUCAAUUGAAGUAUAAAUACACAUCAUUUUUGGGAGAUUUUAAUAAUGGAAAUGAUGAUCUUCCACGUGGUUUGUCACUUAGUUCUCUUCCACAAAACAAAUUAUGCUCAGUAGCCUCAAGGGCAGUCAAUCAGUUCAACUUGAGAUAUUCCAGAGACUGCGAUUCUGCAAAGAACUGCAGUCUGUUUGAUGCAGACAUCGGAUUUGUUCCUCGAAUCAUGUCCAUGUAUAUGAUUGGGUGUUCUGAGGAGAAAGAAAAGAUGCGCGUUCUCUUGGAGUUUCCUAACACUAGCUACGUUGGUUUUUACCGGAGUUUCAAUCCUCAAACGACUCUGGUCGGGGAAGGAUCAUGGGAUGAGACAAAGCAUCAGCUCUGCAUCGUUGCUUGCCGAAUUUCGGGCGUGGCGGUAUCUUGGGAUAAUGCUCGUGUGGGUGAUUGUUCAACGAAAUUGAGCUUGAGAUUUCCUGCAAUCUGGUCAAUCAAAGAUGUUAGUGACAUUGUGGGGAAAAUUUGGACUAACAAAACCAUGCAAGAGUCUGGUUAUUUCGACAGAAUCAUGUUUCGAAGUUCUUGGAAUCGUAUGGUUGGAGUUCCUGACUUGAAGUAUGAGUAUACAAAAAUUGAUACUGCAAUAAAGUUAUGCCCAAAGUCUGAGAAGCCUGCUAGGAAAAAUGGGGAAAGAUACCCAAAUGGGUCUUCUAUUUCCGUCAUGCAAUUUGAUUCCUCAGUGAAAAAUUCUAAAGGAAGAAUCGCAUGGGGUUAUUCAGUUCCCAUCUCUGUUGAUGCUAUGCUUUAUAAGUACUCGAGCUCCCAAGACUCUGAAGCAACGCCACCAAAAUUCAAAAAUAGUGGAACAGUCAAUAUCAGCUACUAUAUAACCCUUCAUCCGUCCAAUGGGAUCUCUCCGUUUAACGCAUCUUCAACAUCAUAUGAGACCUUUGAGAUUUUGGCUGAAGGGAUAUAUGAUGCUGAAACAGGGAGCUUGUGUAUGGUAGGCUGCAGAAAUCUUGGCUCUGACGAUCAAAUGCCAAGAAAUAAUUCUUGGGAUUGUGAGAUUCUUGUUAAAUUUCAAUUCCCUUCAUUAAAUUCAAGGCGUGGAGGUUACAUCAAGGGAAGCAUUAAUAGCACACGGGACAAAUCUCAUCCACUUUUCUUUGAACGUUUAGACUUGUCUGCAACUUACGAGGAUGGAUAUUCCAUAUGGAGGAUGGAUGUGGAGAUUGUCAUGGUACUUAUCUCCACCACAUUGUCAUGUGUUUUUGUGGUACUGCAGAUCUUUCAUGUGAAAAAACACCCUGAUGUGCUUCCCUUCAUCUCCCUUGUCAUGCUAUCAGUUCUCACUUUAGGCCAGUUGGUGCCUCUUGUGCUGAACUUUGAAGCCUUGUUCUUGAAAAGUUCUUGGAGUCGGCGGAGCAUAUUGCGUGAAAGUGCCGGAUGGCUUGAAGCAAACGAGGUAAUUGUUAGAGUGACUGGAAUGGUAGCUUUCUUGCUGCAAUUCCGUCUUUUGCAAAAAACGUGGUCAGCAAGAUGGAGGGAUGGAAAUCAAAAGAGCUUGUGGUCUUCUGAGAGGAAGGUCCUCUUUGUGGCUUUACCAUUAUAUCUAGCGGGGGCUUUAGUUCCUGUGGUGGUAAACUUGUGGAACAGUGAAAAUGAUCAUUAUGGAAUGGUUUCAACUUCCUUUACUAGUUACCAACCACGUUCUCUUUGGGGGGACUUGAAAUCUUAUGCUGGUUUGGUCUUGGAUGGUUUUUUGUUGCCUCAAAUACUGCUCAACAUGUUCUGGAACUCAAAAAAGAGUAGUCUUUCUCGUUCAUUUUACAUGGGGAACACUUUUGUCCGAUUGCUACCACAUGCAUAUGAUCUUUACAGGGCUCACAGGUAUGCUCAUUACUAUGAUGGGUCAUACAUAUAUGCGAAUCCUGGUGCAGAUUUUUACUCCUCUACUUGGGAUGUUGUUAUUCCUCUUGGGGGUUUGCUUUUUGCCUUGAUCAUUUACUUGCAGCAGAGGUUUGGUGGUCGCUGCAUCUUUCCUCGGAGGUUUAGAGAGUUGGGAGUAUAUGAAAGGGUGCCUAUGUCUGUUGAUCCAUAAUUGCCUGAGAAAUAUUACGCUUAAAAGGUGCCCAUGUGUUAUUCAGGACUGUUUGCUCGAUGCUGAUUAUAUAGAGAAAAUGGCAUCACUCCCUAUUAAUUAGUGGCUUUUUACAUCGUUUUAGCAUGUUGUAAGUUUGUAUGUUAGCAGUAUGAUUUCUAUGAAUUAUCAUGCUUGUAAUUUGUCCCUCUCUUAAUACAUGUACUAGGUGAUAUUUAUCUGAUGUUAUAUAUCUCUAUUUGGCCGGUGUUUUAUUCUUCA